AUCGUAAUGACAAUAUUCUCCUUUUGGACACGGUUCCGAGAAAUUGAUAAAUCGAAAACAGUAAUUUGGGACGAGGCUCACUUUGGAAAGUUUGGCUCUUACUACCUAAGAAAUGAGUUUUAUUUCGAUGUUCAUCCACCUUUAGGAAAGAUGCUCAUUGGCCUUUCUGGUUACUUGGCCAAUUACAAUGGUUCAUUUCCUUUUGAAUCUGGUUCGACAUAUCCAGAUGAUAUUGACGUUUGUACCAUGCGUGUAUUUAGUGCAGCGUGGGGUGCACUCCUCGUACCCUUAGCCUACGGUACUGCUCUCAAUUUAGAAUUAUCUUUAAAAGCUUCUAUUCUGGCUGCCUCCAUGGCCUUGUUUGACAAUGCCUUGUUGACCAUCAGUCGAUUUAUCCUCUUGGACUCCAUGCUGCUCUUUUUCACUGGCUUGUCUUUCUUUUGUCUUGCCGGAUUUCGUAUGCAGAGAGAUCGAUCCUUCUCAACACAUUGGUGGUUAUGGUUGUUCGGCACAGGCUUAUCUCUUGGCUGUGUCUUGAGUGUCAAAUGGAUAGGCUUGUUUACAGUCGCUCUGGUUGGACUAUACACAAUUGAAGAACUUUGGGAUAUGUUGGGCGACAUACAGAUGCCAAAACUAACAUACCUCGCUCACUGGACAUCUCGUGCUCUCUGUUUAAUUCUGGUACCUAUUGCAAUCUACGUCGCCAGUUUUGCUACUCAUUUUUAUAUCCUUCGCAACAGUGGACCCAACGAUAGUGUGAUGAAUACACUGUUUCAAGCAAGUCUGAAUGGAAGCUUUUAUCAGAAAAAUCCGGUUCAUAUCGCAUUUGGCUCCAACAUCACCAUCAAAAGCUUUGGAUACGUCGGUGGCCUGUUGCAUUCCCAUGGGCACUAUUAUCCUGAGGGCUCGAGGCAACAACAAAUUACAUGCUACUCGUUCAAGGACUCCAAUAAUGUCUGGCAAGUGCGACCACCACGUUCUGUAGACGACGAUGAUGAUUACGAAAUGUUAUGGACAGAGGAUGAUUCUUCUGUUCGAUAUGUUAAGAACGACGACAUCAUUCGACUUUUUCAUCUAAACACACGGCGUAACCUCCAUAGCCAUCCGAUCAAUGCGCCCAUCAAUUAUAAGCACUGGGAGGUAAGCGCGUACGGAGAUGAAGAGGUUGGAGACGUGCAAGAUAAUUGGAAGAUAGAGAUGGUGAGAGACGUUAAUGAUAAAAGGACAGAAAAUAUCAGAGCACUGACCACAGUGUUUCGUCUACGACAUGUCUUUCUUGAGUGUUAUCUUGCUUCUCGCCACGAAGUCCUUCCCGAUUGGGGAUUUAAGCAGCAAGAAGUAUAUUGCGAUAAGGAAAAUAAUCCUCGAGAUAGUCGUACAUGGUGGAGUGUUGAAGAUCAUCAUAACAAGAAAUUGCCUCCUGCUCCAAAAAACGCUUAUAAGCACAGUUUUCUACAAAGCUUUCUUCAUUUAAAUCUUGUCAUGUGGUACACUAAUAACGCUCUUGUUCCCGAUCCUGACAAGGACGACAUCUUGGCCUCUAACCCUAAAGAAUGGCCCAUGGUCUCUGUUGGUUUACGUAUGUGUGGUUGGGACGAUGACAUGAUCAAGUUUUAUUUGAUCGGUAAUCCAUCGGUCUGGUGGCUAUCAUUUGCAUCGAUUGUUGGGUUUUCUAUCGCCAUUAUCAAUUAUACCGUUCGUCUGAAACGACAAGUCAUUGAUAUGAGUCCAGCGAGAUGGACCUACUUUACCUCAGUGGGCAAGCUCUUUUUCCUCGGCUGGUUUCUUCACUAUAUUCCCUUUUACAUGAUGGGUCGCGUGACCUAUCUUCAUCAUUACUUCCCAGCACUUUACUUUAGUCUCUUCAUGCCACCAUUUCUAAUGGAUCAUUUUUUGAGAAGCAAGUCGAAAAAAUUUAAAACGUGCGCCUUUGGCAUCGUCCUUGGCCUCAUCGCGCUCAAUUUCCUUCAUUUUGCUCCGUUUUCCUUUGGAAUGGAAGGCGACAUCAAACAGUACGCGAGCCGUCAGUGGUUUAAGCACUGGAAUCUGUUAGAGAACCCAAUCUGA